ACCCGUUCUCCCCUCCCUCCCCAAAGGUCCGCAAUCUCUGGUAAUCUCCUUUACUGUCUGCAGUCUCUGGUCAUUCCCUGUACGCAGUCCGCAGUCUCUGGUCAUUCCCUGUACGCAGUCCGCAGUCUCUGGUCAAUCCCUCUACUAUGUCCGCAGUCUCUGGUCAUCCCCUGUACUAUAUCCACAGUCUCUGGUCAUCCCCUGUACUAUAUCCGCAGUCUCUGGUCAUCCCCUGUACUAUAUCCGCAGUCUCUGGUCAUCUCCUGUACUAUAACCUCCUUGCUUGUUAUCUGUUCUUUAGCGCUGCAUACCCCAUUGACAAUCUCCUGUACUAUGUCCGCAGUCUCUGGUCAUCUCCUGUACUAUGUCCGCAGUCUCUGGUCAUCUCCUGUACUGUGUCCGCAGUCUCUGGUCAUCUCCUGUACUGUGUCCGCAGUCUCUGGUCAUCUCCUGUACUGUGUCCGCAGU